AUGCAUUUUCAGCUUUCCACAUCAGCAUGGUUUCUUCUACUUCUCGGUGAAGCCACCGGCCUCCGCAGCUUGCAACAUGUAGGCAAAAGGGAUCCAGUAUGGCUACAACCAGCCUCAUUACAGAAAUACGAAGUACCCAUAGACUCGACAAAGGAUGUGAAUAUAACAACCAGAGAAACGCAUGCUGUGGUGCGCAGAGCCCAGCCUCUCUUCUUGACGGACAAGACAAGACAAUUUGCUGUGGAUGGAAAUGGGAUACCCGAAGUCAAGUUCGAUGUGGGCGAGUCUUAUGCCGGACAGCUGCCCAUCAGCAACAACGCCACUGAUGAGAACAAGAUGUUCUUUUGGUUCUUUCCUAGCCAAAAUCCAUUGGCAAAAAAGGAAAUCAUGAUAUGGUUAAACGGAGGGGUACUGCAAAUAUUCCGCUCUUGUUUUCUUUUCCCCGGAUGUUCAUCCCUGGCAGGUCUGCUGCAAGAAAAUGGCCCUUUUAUGUGGCAAGCCGGCACUUUCCGCCCAGUCAAGAAUCCAUACUCGUGGACGGAGCUCACCAACAUCGUCUGGAUAGAGCAGCCCAUCGGCACCGGCUUCUCCACCGGCAAGCCCACCGCCACCAACGAAGAGGACGUUGCUCGCCAGUUCCUGGGCUUCUGGCGCAACUUUGUCGACACCUUCGCCGUCCAGGGCUACAAGGUAUACAUCGCCGGCGAGUCAUAUGCCGGCGCAUACUGCCCCUACAUCGCCGACGCCAUGAUCAAGGCCAACGACACUCAGUACUUUAACGUGACGGGAAUGCUGAUCUACGACCCCGUCAUCGGUGAGGACUCGAUUCAGGAGGAGGUGCCCGUCAUGGGCCUCGUCAACGCCUGGCCGGGCCUGUUUCCCUUCAACGACACUUUCCGGACGGAUCUGCAGGCGAGGGAUGCCAAGUGUGGCCUGACGGAAUAUAUGACCAAGGGGCUGAGCUAUCCGCCCAAGGGCCAACUGCCAUCGGGGUCGCCCGUCGAAAAAGAUGAGGCGUGUGCGAAAAUCUUUGAUGAUGUUUACAGGGCAACUUUCGCAAUCAACCCCUGCUUCAACAUCUACGAGAUCACCCAGUCGUGUCCUCUGCUCUGGGAUGUCUUGGGCUACGUCCCCGAAGGCGCAAGCAUCUACUUCAACCGCAGCGACGUCAAGCGAGCCAUCCACGCCCCGGAAAACACCAACUGGGAGGUGUGCAAGGACGGCAUCUUCAGGAACGGGACGGACCGGUCGCCGCCGUCGUCGCGCGCGGCGCUGCCCAACGUCAUCGACCACACCCAAAACGUCAUCGUCGGCCACGGCUCGCUCGACAUGGUGCUCAUCGCCAACGGCACGCUGCUGUCCAUCCAGAACAUGACGUGGGGCGGCAAGCUGGGGUUCCAGUCGCGGCCGUCGUCUCCAUUCUUCGUGCCCCGACACCGCGAGGAUUUCCGGUCAAAGCAGGGGCUCGCCACCCUGGCCGGGAGCGGCGUCAUGGGCUUCACCCACACCGAGAGGGGCCUGACGUACGUCGGCGUCGAGAUGAGCGGCCACAUGGUGCCCCAGUACCAGCCCGCCGCCGCCUUUCGCCACGUCGAGGUCCUGCUCGGCCGCGUCGCCAACCUGUCCUCCACCCAGCCCUUCACCACUCAGAUGAACUUUACUCAGCCCAAGCCCUCUGAGCUGGGAGGGCCUCCGGCCACGGCAAACUCACCAGUAGGAGGAGCGUCUGGGUCUGGAAGGGGUAGCCCCAAGUCCGAGUCUCCUCGCCUGUCCUCACCUAGCACUAUUUUCCCCUUUUCCAUAUUGAUCACCUUGGGCUUUGCGUUAGUUUCUUGA